GUCGAGAGGAUGAGGCAGUUGGUAGCAAUCGUGACGAUCGUGUCCACGGUGGGAGGAUGUCUGGCCGGUGGGCAGGAUUUCCUCUCGAAAUCCUUGAACGAGUGCGUCGCAGCCGACUCGUGGCUGUCCUGCCUGAAGCAAGAGGUGCUCGGAUAUUUGGACGGGAAGCUUGGGACCAGCACCGAGGCGAGGUCCCUGGACACCGUGGACGAGGCUAUCGUCGCGAGGACGUUCAAGUAUCUGAAGGGUUUCGACUACGGUGUGGAUCUGCCUUUGCUCGACGCGAGCCUCAAGUACAGGCCGAGCAGAAGUUUGGCGGAUCUGGAUAUCGAGUUCAAGGGUGACCAAGUUGCCACCAGUCAGGCGAGAGGAAUGCUGAAGAAGAAGCUGCUCCUGCCUUUCCUCCUCCUGUUGAAAUUGAAACUGAAGGCCCUUAUGCCGAUCCUCGUCGCAGUAGUCGGUCUGAAGGCGUUGAAGGCUCUCAUCCUCUCGAAACUCGCGGUCCUCCUAGUCGUUGGAUUCAUCGCCGUGCAACUGUUCAAAGGUGGAAUGAUGAUGCCAAUGGGAAUGUCGAUGGAACCGGCUGCGCAGACGUACGGAGCUCCACCCUUGCCCUCGACCACGUCGAGCUACGACCCGGCCAACACGUGGGACGGAAACGGGCCUUAUUCCCGCGUGUGGACGCCGACCAACGGUGUGGAAGCGCAGAAUCUCGCCUACUCUUACUACUCUCCGAGCACCGGCUCCAACUCGUACAGCGGCUCCUCCUCGUCCUCCUCGUCCUCCUCGUCGUCGUCGAUCAAUUCCGCCAGCUCGACCAACUACUAGUCGAUUCGU